AAUAUUAUAUUUAUCAACAGAAAUAUAUACAAUAUAAUAUAACAUAUAGUAAAAAAGAAAAGUUAAUAUGACGUUAUACUCUGUAAUAAAUGUUGGACCAUACAAUGACAGUAUAUCACAGCCAUUUACAUCUCCUGAUGUAAAUACUUUAUCCCAUGCAUUUGACUAUGAAGAUGACAGCUGGACAAUUGAGAAGAUUACUGCAUCAAUAGAUCGCAAGGGAGAGGGAAAAUUCUACAAAGUUAAAUGGGUCCGAUAUAUUUGGCAAGCAGAAGAAACAAUUCAACCUCUGCAACAUUUGAUUGAUAAGUAUUGGCAAGAUUAUUCUGUUGAUACCGCAGAAUUGCUUACUCAAAAUAUUCAACGACAAGACCAACCUCCUCACCAACCUCCUCAAUCAUUUAGCAAUCACAUUGAUCAUAACCACCUUUCAGGACAGUACAGACUUCAUAAAGAAAUGCAUAAUGGUAAUGAAUUGCAUGGAAAUAUGGAGCAACUUCAAGAUUUUUAUAAUGCUAAUACGCCAUGCAGUGAGUUGAAUGAUCACAAUGUUGAUCACAGUGUUCUUUGUAGUAGCACUGGAGUUGGGAUAACAGACAGUUUGCAUGCUACACAAUCACAAUCAGUUUUAGAAAACCAUUCAGGGGGUAUUUUAGAUGAUGUAUCCUCUCCGCUUGUUAACUUUGGAUAUAAAACUGCUUUAGUAAAACAUAGUCACAAUAAAGGUUUGAAUGAAGGAAGUGUGCACUCUGAUGGUAUCAUUCAAAACUAUAGCAAAAGUUUAAAUGAAGCAAGUGUGCACACUGAUGGCAUCAUACAAAACUAUAGCAAAAGUUUAAAUGAAGGAAGUGUACACACUGAUGGCAUCAUACAAAGUUUUAAGCAGCAUAGUGAAAUCCCUGAUAAUUUGUCGGGAUCAACUUUUUUCUCAUCAAAAACUGAUGAAGUAAAUAAGUUUAUCAGCAGUGGAGACAAAAUUAACUCUUCGACCGAAAACUUUUAUCAAGAUCAUGUGAAUGCAGAACUACCGGCCGAAACAAUGGUGGUCCAAAAACAGACAAAAGAAUUCAUUUGCGAAAUAUGUAAACGAACUUUUAAUCGCAAUAGUUCUCUUAAAAGGCAUUCAAUUAUUCAUAGCGGAGUAAAAUCGUGGUGCUGCGAUUACUGCAACAAGCCUUUUACUCAGAAAGAAGUUUUGAUUCGUCAUUUAAAAAGCCACACCGAAAAAAAGUCAUAUAAAUGUUCAGAGUGUGACAAAUGUUUCGUCGAGAACGCUGCACUACUUCGACACCAGGCUGUGCAUAAAAUUGAAAAAGAUUGGUUCUGUAAUAUCUGUGGUAAAAGGUUUGUAAUUAAAGAAUAUUUAAGCAAACAUUUACAAAUUCACCGUGGAGAAAAGCCUUACCACUGUUAUGUGUGCAGCAAACGUUUUGUUGACAGUUCUGCACUAAGGCGGCACGAAAAAACUCAUAAUAAAUCACUUAUGUGUGAAGUAUGCAAUAAAUCGUUCAUCAACUCCUUAAGUUUUACAAAGCAUAGAUGCACUUAACGUUACUUUAGCACGUUGUAAAUUGAAAAAUCGAAAAGAACUUGAAAGUUAAAAA